CUCGUUUAAUGUCAAAAUCUGCAUCUAGCUCUUUUCUUCCGCGAACCUCAAAAGAUUGGAAUGAACUACCUUCUGUUUUAGCCUCUCAAACUUCUUUAGCCACAUUCAAAAAUAUGCUGCGAGGUUAUUCAGGCUUUUAAUAAUAUUAUUUUGUUUACUUAUUUAUAUUUUUAAAUUUUUAGUUUUAGGUUAUCACAGGGUAUCCACGAAUGCCACAAGAUUUUGUUUCUUUUUUUUUGUGAUAUCCUGCUCUUUAGUAAAAUAAAUCUUAUCUUAUGUAUCUUACCUAAAAUUGAUUGAAUUGACUCCUGUUUCAUUAUUAUACACUCAUUCAGAAACAUUUUUCUUUUUAAUAUCAGAGCAAGUUCUGUAGCAAGUAUCAAUGUCAAUGAUCCAUUGAUUUCGUCAUUUAACAACUUAUUAUCCAAUAGUUUUUCUCAUUUGGACGCUAUUGAACAAUUACUUCGUUUAUCAUCAGAAACGUUUGCAAAAUUACCAACAUCAAGUGAAAAGUCGUCUAAAUUCAAUUCAUCGUAUUUAAAUACUUGUCAACGUGAUUUACAAUAUUUUGGUAUUAUUCUUAUUGAACUUAUUUUACUUAGUAAACAUCAUUUUAUUCCAAUUAAUAUAAAUGCUACCGAACGUUUAACCAUUGUUCAAAAACUAUUAAUUGAUCAAUGGCAUCUUAUACCAACACCGUUUCGUGCUUGUUUACAACUUCUAUUUAACAUUAGUGAAAAUGAUGAUCGAUUAUUCACAAAUGCUCCAUACUAUAUCACUGCUGGAUAUCUUUUAAAUUAUUGGACAACACCAUUACCAUUUCCAUUUUAUUUUGAUGAUUUAUAUCGAUUUUUACAUGAAUUUGAAUUAAUUGAUCGUGAAAUAGCCAGACAACAUGAUAAUAUAAUUAUUCAACGUCGUUUAUAUUGUAAAAAAGUCAAUUUAUUAACAAAGUCAAUACCAAAUUUACUAUUAUCAAUGCAGACACAUAAUUAUGAACUUUUAUUACCAUAUAUACUCGAUUCAUUUCGUCAUCCAGUUUAUGGUGUACAAAUUAUUUAUGAAUUAUUUAAUUCUACUGCAUUAGUUCUUGGUCCAGAUGAAUGUCGAAAACAUUUAUUACCAUUAAUUCUUACAUUAUUAAAUCCAGAUAAAUGUUCAGCAUAUCAUUGGCGAUUAUUUUCAAAAAAUUUUUUAAUUCAACUAAUAUCUCGAUUUGGUUUAAAUCGUUUUUUAAAUAAUUUUACUGUUUUAAUUAUUGAAGCUUGUUCGGGUUUUAAAGAUAGUUUUCAAUUGAUUGAUAAUGUUGAAGUUCCAAGUACAGAUGUAGGUGGUGUACAGUGGAGUUUGGGAAAUAAUACUCAAGAUGAUUCAAUUUCAUUAAAUAAUGAUAAUAUUAAUGAAUUUAUUCGUCAAAGUCCAAUAGAAAUAGAAACAAAUGACGUUGAGAGCGUGGAAAAUUUCAUAGUGGAUAAUGAUAAUAUUUCGAAUAAUUGUGAAUUGGUAACAAUAUCUGAGACGGUUGUUGACAGCAUUCAUUAUUUCAUUUCAAAAUUAGGACCAGUUUUAGCUUGUAAACAAUUUGGACGUAAUUUACUUCGAAUGUUAACAUUGUGUUAUGUUGAUAAUGAACAAUUGGAACAAUUAACAUCUUCUGAAAAUCCAUUUAUGAGUAUAAGGCCAAUAAUUGGUGAUUUAAAUGCAAUGAAAAUUAUUGAAUGUUUAAAAUUAAUUGCACAAUUAUAUGGUGAACAAGUGAUUCUUUUAUUCUAUUUUCCAUAUUUAAUUGAAACGGUCAAAUCAGCAACACAACGUUUAACUAUUCGAACAGAAGCGGGUGUAUUAGCAGCAUUAGUUCUUUUGAAAUCUGUUUUACCAUUUCUGACCGAUGCAUCUUUAAUGAUUCAUCUUUCGGAUUUAAUCAAGUUACGUUUAAUUCAUCCAAUUAUUCAAUUAUUGUCAUCUACUCAUAUUCAUUUUCCAACAUACGAUCGUUCAAGGACCGUGUCUGUUUAUCGUGUAUUAGAUGUUUUAUUUUUAUUAAGUCUACGACUUGGUUAUGAAAAUACAAGAAUAUCUUUGAAUGAUUCAAUUCGUUUAUUUUUUAACGCGUUCAAUGUAGUUCAUGAUUACAUGGAACAUGUAUUGGUCAAUAAUCAUCUAUCAUCGAAUACUCAGACAAAUACAUCAUUAGGAUCACAAAAUGGUGAUAUGGAGAUGAACAACAAUAUCAACAACCUAAACGUAAAUGUCAACAGUACUGGAAGUGAAAGCGCUGAAGAUGAAUUUUGCCGUAUUACAAUUGAUAGUUUAACUCAUGAUUAUAAGAUUGGCUCUCCUGUUAGACCUCAUGGUUCAGUAGAGAUAAAUCAAAAGAAAGGACGAAGUCAUAGUCAUAGUUUAUUAGCACCGCCACCUAUCGAAGAUGAUUCUCAAGUUCACCAUCAUACGAGUGAAACAAUACAGGCUGAACUUCGUAAAACAUUUACAUCGGAAUUAGCAUGCAUUGCUUAUGUUCAGUUUUGUCGUUUAUGUGGAGAUCAUCAUAUGAAUUCAUUAGUAUCCAGAAACGAGUUUAUCAGUCGAUCGUUAUCAGACAAUGAACGUGGCGUUUAUUCAAAUAGCAUAACUUCGGUUGAUGAUGUUCAACAGCCUGCCUUUAAUGAGUCAAGUUUUGCUAGUAGUGUACUUAUUUCAAUUAGAGAUAAUGAUAUAAAACACACUCAACUUGAUGAAACUCGUUUUCUUCGAAAAAAUUGGUUAGCCUAUUGGGAACAUGAAGUUGGUAGAAGUGAAAAAGAUUCAGCAUUGAAUUUUAAACAAAUACAUUUACAAUCGUUUAUUGGACACACAAAUUGUGUACGAGCAUUACAUGUGUUGGACGAUGAAUCGACAUUUAUUAGUGGUGCAAGAGAUCGUACAGUGAGAAUAUGGCAAGUAGAAAAUCAAGGAGAAGGUUUUACAAAAGUUGAACAACGAUGGACAUAUACUGGACAUAAAAAAACGAUUUUCUCUGUUAAAUUUCUCGAUAGUUUACGAUUAGUUGCUUCUUGUGAUGGUUCCAUACAUGUAUAUGAUCCCUUUCGUGCCGUUUCCCAACCACUUUGGCGUCAUCAAAAUACAAAAGAAAAUCUUCCAUUUUCCGCUAUGACGUCAAUGGGUGCACCUAGUACUUUUUUACUAGCAGCGACCGGUGAUGUGUUAAGAUUUCUAGAUGUACGAACAAAAAAUGCAGCCUAUGAAUGGAAAUUAACACCCAGUCCUUUAGGUAAUAUUGAUGUAGGUGAAUCAAAUGAGUUAUUAUGUACCAUUUUUUUAUUAGGACAAAUUAAAACAAUUGCAACUAAUCCAAACAGUUAUAGUGCACUCGUUGGUUUCUCAACUGGUACUGUAUCGGUAUUUGACGUACGAUCAGGUAUUAUUCAAGGUACACUCAAGGUGCCUGAGGGGGAGAUACUUAAAGUAAACUUUUAUAGUCGAAAUAGAUUUUAUACAAGUUCUGCCGAUGGAUCAAUCUAUUUAUGGAAUACAAGAGAACUAUCAUCACCACAGCCUACAUUGUUGAAAUCACAUGUUGAUUCUGCACCGAUGGUAUCAUCGACAAAUAAUGAAAUAAUAGUUGGCACGACUACAAAUAAACUGUGUAUCUACUCAAAUUUGAAAUCGACAGCACAGAUUGAUUGUCAAUCCAGUAAACUUCAGUCGGAUAAUUUCAAAGGUAUAAUGUCAUCCAUGGGUCUGUUUCCGCUUAAUCGACUAUUUUUAUUUGGUUCCGAUACGGGUAAUAUUGAAUUGUUAUGUUAA